UCGUCAACACUGGCGUUGUUCUCCGGCUCGUCCGUUUUCCGACUGUCCCGUUUGCGGAUCAGCGGACCGUCCGGAGAAACGCCAGUAACCCUUUCUUAUUUACUUUUUAUGAGCCAUUUGCGCCUCACUUAUCACAAUGCUGUCGUCUUAAUCAGUUUCUCUAAGUUUGUUACUUCACUCUCUGUGUAAACCAAACGCUUCCUGCGCAAAGAAGCACCGUGCGCGCCGAGAUGUCGGACCGCGAAGUUCGUUCCCGCAAGAAGCGCAAAGCAGCGCUGGAGAAAGGAACAGCUGACGAAGGUUCCAAGGAAAAGCAUAAACCCCAAAAGCACUCAGAUUCUGAGUUAGAAGAUGACGCGUCAGUUACUGAACCGAGUGCAACAGCAAGAAUUGCGUUCUUGGUUGUUUUCAUCGCCCUGGCCAUGAUGGUUGGAGCUAUCUUUUUGGCACUGCAGAGUUCGUCAUCUUUAAAUGCAUUUUAUAAUGAAGCUGAGCAUGAAGCAAAUGAAGACUUCAUAGUUGCCCAAGAAGAAAUGGAAGUUGAAAGUCAGCAUUAUGCUACUGAUGUGGAGGGAUCUAGUGAAUUAGAGCCAAGUGUCCAAAGUAAAGAGCAAAGCAUCAACUUGGGAACCUUCAGCAUAGAUCCCACAGAGCCGCUGCAGGCUCCUGAGAAUGCAGCAUUUGACAGUAGCCAGACAAGCACACCGACACAGAACUUUGAGUCGUUCCAGACCACAGACCAUACGGAAGGGCCUGUUGGGCAGACAUCGGAAAUGGUAUCAUCAACGCUUACGGAAACAGAUGUCCUAAGCUCUACUGAAAUACUACAGCCUUCAGAGGCUUCAGAGAUUAAGCAGGAUGAAAGUGCCCAGGCAUUGUCCUUAGAGGCAACAAAAGUAUCUGAGGCUUCUUCACCUCCAGCAUCAGAGGUGGCCACAUCUACAUUGGAAACAAUGGCUUUGAAUGCAGAUCCACUUGAAGAACAGGCUGCUAUCACAAAUGAGUAUGAUGCAAGGAUUCAGAAGGAUCUCCAAGAAUCUGAAGAGCUAGUUGAGCAGAGCAUCCAGGCUUACUUGGAUGUGAUGAAGUUGCCGAAGGUACCCCAUGAGUUGUACCUCAGGGCGGGAAACAAAGCUGUGGAUCGCAUGCGCUUCCGAGGAAUUUUCACCAAAGCUAUAAAACUGCAGGCGGAAAUGAGCAGCAAGUUCCCAGAUAAUAUUGGAAUCAAGAAUCAAAUGGCAGUUUCUUACCUCAUGAUUGGGCAAGGAAAAGUUGCUGCUGGGCUGCUUGAACAGGUUUUGAAACAAGACCCAAAAAAUGGGUUUGCCAAGGUGCACUAUGGUUUCAUAUUGAAGACUGAAAGGAAUGACUUGGAAGGUGGCAUCAAGUAUAUGAGCGAAGGCAUCGCAACCAAGGAGCCAGGCGUCAUAGACGGUCGGUUUUACUUGCACCUAGGAGAUGCCCUCCAGAGAACUGGACAGAAUGAUAAGGCCCUGGACGUCUACAAAGAAGGAGUCAAGGAGGGGCUCUUUGCAUCUGUUUACCAGCGCUCUCUCUACAGCGUUGACGGCCUGAAAGCUCAGCCAUGGUGGGACCCAAAGGAAACACCUUAUGCAUCAAGUGUGAAGGAGCUGGAAAAGCACUGGAUUGACAUAAAAAAUGAAGCACUCUCUCUAAUGACUGACAAAGGUUUUAAACCUGAAGCUGAGAACCUGAGGGACUCGGGAGAUUGGAAGCAGUUUGAAAUUUUUGCAAGAGGUCAUAAGAUUGAGAGGAACUGCAGAUUGGCUCCUAAAACAUGUGCACUCAUAAGCCAGAUACCAGAUGCUGCAGGCUGUAAAAGAGGACAGGUAAGUGAUGUGCUUCCCCCAAAUGUGUCGGCCAGGAGAAACACCAUGAUGGCAGAACUCGCAACUGAGUAAAACUGAGCUUGGAAACUUCGGGUUUACUGGUGAAAUUUUUCAAUUAUAUUUUCCUCUGUAAAAUAGUUCGUACACAAUCACAUAUUAACCAUGACAGUACAAAAUCUGCAUAUGCACAAUAUAAUUCACAUAUUGCAGAAUUUUCUCAUUUUUAAAGGCUCAAACCUAUGCCGUCGAUAGCAGUGUGGCAUCAUAAACUAUGAGUAGAAGUUUAUGAGCUGCUCUUUUAUUCAAUGCAUUCUACUACUCAAAAACUGAGAACAAGAAAUGUACAGUGACCCGCAUUAUUAUUCUAACAAAUUUAAAAGAAGAUCUGGUGCAUGCCACUGUUCUGUUUGAAAUCAUAUUUAAGAAGGUCACAUUGCUUGGUCUGCAUCACACAACAAAACAGAUAGCAUUGUUCUUUGCUCGGUUCAUAUGGACUUUUGGAUGCAGUGGAAUCAUUCCACAU